ACAGCUCUCCGGCUUUCAUAACAGCAUCUCCCUCCAGCGGGGCUGAGCUUGAGGAAUCCAAAAUAAACACCGACACGCAGCAACUUGUGAGCAUCUGCAGCCUCAGAAGGACAGACUUCAAUACCUAGGAGGCCAAGAACAGCUUAAAAUCUCUGGCAAGAUGAUCAAGUCCUUCAAGCAAACGUUUCUGUCCCUGGAUCUACAGUCCCCUCGGUGGAGCGCAGCUGAGACCACGGCAAAAGAUUAUGAGCUGCGUCAGUACGAGACUGCCAAGUGGGUCAGCACAGUGAUUAGGGGAGAGACCCAGAAGGAGGCGCUGCGCCAAGGCUUCUGGAAACUCUUCCACUACAUCCAAGGGAAGAACGAGAAAGAGAUGAAAAUCGAUAUGACUGUGCCAGUGACGUGCCUGAUAAAAUCUGGCUGCACAGACUUCAAGAUCUCCUUCUUUGUGCCAUUCGAACACCAGGACUCCCCACCACAGCCCACAGACUCCGAUGUGUUCAUUGAAGAGCGGAAAGCAGCAGCAAUCUUUGUCCGGUCCUUCGGUGGAUUUGCCUCCCCAGAGAAAUACACUGAGGAAGCUGAAGCCUUGGCCAGAAUCUUAAGAAACAGAGGCCAACCAUUCCAUGAAGACUUCUUCUACACUGCAGGCUAUGACAGUCCCUUCAAGCUCUUUAACAGGCACAACGAAGUGUGGUAUUUUAAAAAGUAAUAUGGGGAGGGGGGUAUUAAGAGAUUACUAAUCAGCUCCGGAUGAAAACAGACCUUAUUAAUGGCUUUUGCUUUAGCACAGAAGGGAUUUAAUUUGCACGUGGACAGAGCAUCUUGUCUAAUUCAGUUUCUCUAGGAUAAAAUACUACUCUGGCUAAAAUGAUUUCAGCUCUUUCUAAAAGAUGUAAUUGAAUUAGAUUGUACCAGCAGGAGCGGGAGGGAGAUAUGGCAAGCCUUUUCCUCUUAUUGAAAGGCUCUAAGGAACACUAAUAACCUGAAGAGCAUUCCCACAAAACAGUUUGAAUGUUAUUUCUCAUCAGAAGUGCCUCAGCAAUAGCUCAAGUGUUAGAGAAUGAGUUCUUCAUAGAGCUGACUUUUCCCAUACUGGUAUCAACCCAAGACUGAAAUACAGGAGAAAUCAAAUGAACUUUUCAGACAAAAAUAACUACCAUAAAUAAGUUUUAAGAAGCAACAAUACCUGAGAGCAGGCUCCAGUGCCUCAUAAGCAGUAACUACUUUUUAAGAAAAUAGUAGUAUUGAAAUCCCCCACUCGACUUUCUCCUCUUGGAGACUGAUGCUGCCUGGCUCCAGACUGAUGCCAGAGACCAGACUACACCAAGUCCAGUAGAAAAGGGAUAAGUGUCCAAUUUGAACACUUAUUCUCUGCAUCAUCUGCGCCUGAACACGUAAUACCAGACUUUGUCGUGGCCUGUAAUUCUAGGAGCAGCAUUUAGCUGACCUACAAAACACUAACUGCUACUUCAGCUAUUUACCUUUGUCCCAAUCUUGCCAUUGGUCAGGUCAAAGGC